AUGUGUUACUCACAAUGCCGAAUCAUCAUGUCGGGGAUAUUUGACAGGUACAUUGACAAAUGGAACACCUCCACAAAACAAAGAAGAAUGUCAAGUUCUAGGCUGGUCAACACCAGAUCGGACGUUGGUUUCAUACUAGGUCGCAGCUCAUCAGUCAGUAGUAGCGAGUCUAGUGGUCCGGAUAUCAUGAGCGAUGCCAUGAAGGACGACCAAGGUAUGGACACACAUACCGCAACAACUCCACCAGCAGCGAUUGUUGCUCCAAAUGUCCGCACUCAAUAUUCUUGGGGCAAAGAGAAGCCGGUCAUGGUUAAGAAGGCAAAAAAGAAGGAUAAAGGCGAUAACUGA